GGCCCUUGCACUGGAAAUCAGCAGAGCUUGGCACACAGCAGGCUCUGGGAUGCGGUUGUAGGCUUCCUUCACGUAUUUGCCCACAUGCAGAUGAAGCUGUCUCAGGAUUCCAGUCAAAUCGAGCUCUUGAAAGAACUCAUGGACCUCCAGAAGGACAUGGUGGUCAUGUUGCUGUCCAUGUUAGAAGGUAAUGUUGUGAAUGGAACAAUUGGCAAACAGAUGGUGGACAUGCUGGUGGAGUCUUCCAACAAUGUAGAGAUGAUACUCAAGUUCUUUGACAUGUUCCUGAAACUAAAGGACUUGACAUCCUCUGACACAUUUAAAGAGUAUGACCCUGAUGGCAAAGGGGUCAUUUCCAAGCGGGACUUCCACAAAGCCAUGGAGAGUCACAAGCACUAUACCCAGUCAGAGACCGAGUUUCUGCUGUCUUGUGUGGAGACCGAUGAAAACGAAACACUGGACUACGAAGAGUUCGUCAAGCGGUUCCAUGAGCCAGCAAAGGACAUCGGCUUCAACGUCGCUGUCCUGCUGACCAACCUCUCCGAGCACAUGCCCAAUGACACGCGGCUGCAGACCUUCCUGGAACUAGCGGAGAGCGUGCUCAACUACUUCCAGCCCUUCCUGGGCCGCAUCGAGAUCAUGGGCAGCGCCAAGCGCAUCGAGAGGGUCUAUUUUGAGAUCAGCGAGUCUAGCCGAACCCAGUGGGAGAAGCCACAGGUCAAGGAAUCCAAGAGGCAGUUUAUAUUCGACGUGGUCAAUGAGGGAGGCGAGAAGGAGAAGAUGGAGCUGUUUGUGAACUUCUGCGAAGACACCAUCUUCGAGAUGCAGCUGGCCGCUCAGAUCUCAGAGUCAGAUCUGAACGAGAGGUCAGCCAGCAAAGAGGACAGCGAGGAGAGGCCGGAACAGCAGGCGCCCAGGAUGGGCUUCUUCUCCCUCUUCACCGUGCAGUCGGCCCUGUCCGCGCUCAGGUACAACCUCCUGACACUGGUGCGGAUGCUCAGCUUGAAGAGCCUGAAGAAGCAGAUGAAGAGGCUGAAGAAGAUGACGGUGAAGGACAUGCUGGCCACAUGCUUCUCGUCCUACUGGAGCGUGCUCCUCAUCCUGGUGCACUUCGUGGCCAGCGUCUGCAGGGGCUUUGCACGCAUUGUCUGCAGCCUGCUGCUGGGGGCCAGCCUGGUGGAAGGUGCUAAGAAGAUCAAGGUGGCUGAGCUUCUCGCCAACAUGCCGGACCCCACUCAAGACGAGGUCCGGGGAGAUGAAGAGGAAGGAGAGAGAAAACCCUCAGAGACUGCCUUGCCCUCUGAAGACCUGACAGACUUAAAAGAACUCACAGAGGAAAGCGACCUCCUGUCAGACAUAUUUGGCUUGGAUCUGAAGCGGGAAGGCGGGCAGUACAAACUCAUUCCUCACAAUCCGAAUGCUGGCCUCAGCGACCUCAUGUCCAACCCAGUCCCCGUCCCUGAGGUGCCAGAAAAAUUUCAGGGACAAAAGGCAAAAGAAGAGGAAAAGGAAGAAAAAGAGGAAAUGAAAUCUGACCCUGAAAAGUCUGAGGGGCAAGAUGGAGAGAAAGAAGAAAAGCCCAAAGACGACAAGAGCAAGCAGAAGUUGCGGCAGCUUCACACACACCGCUAUGGGGAACCCGAGGUGCCAGAGUCGGCGUUCUGGAAGAAAAUCAUAGCCUAUCAGCAGAAACUCCUGAACUAUUUUGCCCGCAACUUUUACAACAUGAGGAUGUUGGCCCUGUUUGUCGCGUUCGCCAUCAACUUCAUCCUUCUCUUCUAUAAGGUCUCCACUUCUUCUGUGACUGAGGGAAAGGAGCUGCCCACCCGGAGCCCCAGCGACAGCGUGAAAGUGACCAGCAGUCUGGACAGCAGCUCGCCCAGAAUCAUCGCCAUUCACUAUGUCCUGGAGGAGAGCAGCGGCUACAUGGAGCCCACCCUGCGCAUCCUAGCUGUCCUCCACACCGUCAUCUCCUUCUUCUGCAUCAUUGGAUAUUACUGCUUGAAAGUCAUUUCCCAACAACUACUGGGAUAAGUUUGUUAAAAGAAAGGUGAUGGAUAAAUAUGGAGAGUUUUAUGGCCGAGACAGAAUCAGCGAGUUACUGGGCAUGGAUAAGGCUGCGUUGGACUUCAGCGAUGCAAGGGAGAAGAAGAAACCAAAGAAGGAUAGCUCCUUGUCUGCUACUGAACUCUAUUGACGUGAAGUACCAGAUGUGGAAACUGGGAGUUGUGUUCACAGACAAUUCCUUCCUCUACCUAGCCUGGUAUAUGACCAUGUCCAUCCUCGGACACUAUAACAACUUUUUUUUUGCUGCUCAUCUUCUUGACAUUGCAAUGGGAUUCAAGACCUUGCGAACCAUCCUGUCUUCAGUCACUCACAACGGCAAACAGCUUGUGCUAACCAUUGGCCUGUUAGCCGUUGUUGU